UUUGAGGCACGACAGGCAAAAGCCCAAAGUGGGGGCCAAUCUCCUGACUCCCCAGUCAGCCUCGCUCUCUCCCUCACCUCGCUCGCUUCUCCAUUUCUCUCCUCUCCUGCAACUCUUAAAAGAAAGGCAACAACUUGCGAUUGAUUCCCGCAUCUGCUCCGUGUUUGAUUGAUUCUCUCUUGGGUCGAGUUUGUUUGUUGGUGGUGCUUCUCUUUAAGGUGAACAAGACGCUAUCACUGACUCUUCCCCGUUUUUCGUGCACUGCGACAAUGGGGAAUUGCUGCUCUGACGACCGCGGUGGCAGGGCGCCCAUCGGCGGCACUCCGGCAAAUAUUGGCCUCGGCAACGGCAACGACGCCCCCAACGACGCCGUCCACCUCUUCCUCCGUUCUCGCGGCUACCAAGGCCUUUUCUCUCAGAUCCAGCUGUCUUUCUCUGCCUCGGGCCUGCGAGAUAGGGACGUCCUCUCUAAGAGCGAUCCUAUGUUGGUUGCCUACACAAGAGGAAGAGAUGGAGUACUUAAGGAGGUGGGACGGACAGAGGUCGUGCUCAAUUCAUUAAAUCCCAAGUGGAUCAAUACCCUUAAUGUCACUUUCCAGUUUGAAAUUGUGCAGACAAUGUUGUUUUGUCUGUAUGAUGUGGACACUCAGUUUCACCAGAUGGAAGUAAAGAUGCUUAAGCUUGAGGAGCAGCAGUUUCUUGGUGAGGCCACCUGUGCUCUUUCUGAGAUCAUUACCAAAUCAAACAGGUCAUUGACCUUAGAUCUGACAUAUGGAGAAGAAUAUACAGGAUUAAGUCGUCCUCAAAAUUGUGGAAGGCUUGCUGUACAUGCUGAAGAAUGCAUUACCUCUAAGACUACAACUGAGAUGAUUUUGAGGUGUUCAGAGUUAGAGCAUAAGAAUCUCUUCUCAAGGACUGAUCCUUUUCUGGUCAUUUCAAAGAUUGUGGAGAGUGGGAUGUCAAUUCCAGUCUGCAAAACGGAGGUCAUCAGGAAUGAUCUGAAACCUACAUGGAAGCCAGUAUUUUUAAAUAUCCAACAAGUUGGAAGCAAGGACAGUCCCUUGGUAAUAGAAUGCUUCAACUUUAAUAGCAGCGGAAAACAUGAUUUGAUUGGGAAACUGCAGAAGUCACUAUUGGACUUGGAAAAGCUUCAUUCAAGCGUGAAGGGAGAAAAUUUAGUUUUACCAACUGCUGCUGGAAAUAAGGUGCUGAAGAGCCAGCUAUUUGUGGAUACGUUUUCUGAGAGCACGCAACAUACUUUUCUAGAUUACUUGGCUGGGGGAUUUGAAGUAAACUUCAUGUUGGCUGUUGAUUUCACAGCUUCAAAUGGAAAUCCUCGCCUCCCCGAUUCCCUGCAUUACAUUGAUCCCUCAGGACGGCCAAAUGCAUAUCAGAGAGCAAUCUUAGAGGUUGGAGAAGUAUUGCACUUUUACGAUUCAGACAAGCGGUUUCCUGCUUGGGGUUUUGGAGCCCGGCCAAUUGAUGGUCCGGUCUCUCAUUGUUUUAACUUGAACGGAAGCAGUACAUACUGCGAGGUUGAAGGAAUUCAAGGGAUCAUGAUGGCCUAUGCAAGUGCACUCCUAAACGUUUCUCUUGCAGGUCCAACUCUUUUUGGACCUGUCAUUAGUCAUGCGGCACAAAUUGCUGGCCAAUCUCUUGCAAAUGGUCGGCAUAGAUACUCUGUGCUGUUAAUUAUCACGGAUGGUGUUGUGACGGAUCUUCAAGAAACCAAAGAUGCCUUGGUGAAAGCAUCCGACUUGCCGUUGUCAAUCCUCAUUGUUGGGGUCGGUGGAGCUGAUUUUAAGGAGAUGGAGAUUUUAGAUGCGGAUAAAGGAGAAAGGCUAGAGAGUUCCAAUGGACGUGUUGCUACCCGUGACAUCGUCCAAUUUGUUCCCUUUCGAGAUGUACAAAGUGGAGAGAUAUCUGUGGUUCAAGAACUCCUAGCAGAACUACCCACACAAUUUUUAACGUAUAUGCGGAGAAGAGACAUAAAACCAAGCUAUUAAAUUUUCGAGGAUCAUACAUAAAAGAAGUUGGUUUUGAGUGAUUGGUUUUGGGCCAUGCGAGGUUUCCUUUGGAAGGGUAAGGGGUAGCUGCUGCCACGACUUGACAUUCUCUACAAUUCUGUUCGUGUUAUCAGGAGGCUGGUUCUUUUAUCUAGCACAUCAUAGUAGUAUGCUCAUCACUUGCUUCCUUCACCUUCUUUAGGAGUCGCCCGCCAAUGUUUAGCACAUGACAGGUUGGAGCUCGUAUCUGUGCUCUCCUCUAUGAUCUCUGUGUGUAUUUUGCCAAUUCACAUGAAGGUGAAAAACUGAUAGUGACAAAAGGAACGAGAGAGAUCGAAGGUGAAGGGGAAGGUCACUAUUAUGCCAAAGCAUUAUUGGUGAUCUUAUUUUGAUGGGUAUUUCUUUCUGUAAUGAACCGCCCUGAUAUUAUUUUCUGCGAAAUCUAAGAAAUCAAAACGCUAUUGGGGAAC